AUGAAUUUCUUGUUGCCAUAAUAGCCAAUUGAAAGUGAUUAAUAGUUCUAUGAUGGCUUUAAAUAUGGAAUAGCUCAUUAAUAGAUAUGUAUAUAGAUUAAUAUAAAUUUUAGCUGAUAUGAUGUCAUAGGUAUAAAUGAGUUCGAAUAUUGAUCAACCUAGAAAGACAUUUUCACAUUUAGUUUUCACAAAAAUGUCUCAUAUACUGAAGAAUUACAGCACUCAACAGUAUAAAGUUAGCAUCAAAAUCAAUUAAGAAUUACAUUAUUUGGUAAGAGACACAAUACGUACAAUAUCAGAGGCUUUUGAAGCUUGUUAAUAAGUUGAUAAAGUACAAUUAUGUGGUAAAGAUGCUUCAUUCAAAUUAUAUGAUAAAUAUAUGAGAUAAUUGGAUUAACUGAGUUUUUUUUGGGAAUAAUUACAUAGUUUAGAAAAUAGAUCUAUAAAUUUAAAUAAAGAAAAUAUAUCUUCUGAAAUAUCUUAGUAUUUAGAUUAAUGGUUGGAUACUUUACUUUAGAAAUUAGAUUUUAAAUAGACAUCAUAGAGGUUAUAAUAAAUAUAAUAAUCAAAACCAAUUUAAGCGACUAAAAUCUAAACACCAGUAGAUGAUAGAUUAAGAAAUGCUCAUGAAUUAUUUGCAGGACUUGGAAGAGAAAAAGAUUAGAUAGCAGCCUUAUAAUUGUAUACUAAAUUGGCAUAAGAAAAUAAUGCUAUAGCCUAAGCAAUAAUGGGAUAAAUUUGUUUAGAAGGGAUUACAGGUCCAAAAGAUUAUGAUUAAGUUAAAAUUUAAAUUAAUCAUAUAUAUAGGCUUUUAAUUACUUUAAAAAGAGUGCCGAUUAACGAAAUACAUUCAGUUUAUAUAAUACUUCUAAAUUGGUUUUGGUAUUUAUUAAAUUAAUUAAAUAAAAGGAAGGAAAAGUUUAUGAUAAAUUUUAUGAUAAGGAUGAUAAUAAUACAAUAGUAAGUAAAUAUUCAAGUGAAGUAUAUAAUCGAAAUUAUGAUUGUAAUUUUGCAUUAACUCUUUUAAAAAGAGCUGCAGAAUUAGAUCAUUUAUAAUCUAUGAUAUAUUUGGGAGAUAUAUAUAGUAAUGGACUUCAAUUAUAAGAUUGUAGAAUUUCAAUAAUAAUAUAUUAGAUACAUUAGAGAAAGAUUAUUCAAAUGCUGAAUUUUAUUAUAAAUAAGCUAAAAAUAAAAAUUCUACUUAAGCAAUGCAUAAAUUGGCUCUUCUUUAUUAAACAAUGUGUAAAUAACCACUUUAUAAAGUAACUUAUAUAUUAAUAACUUUUAGAAUAGAAGUUAAUUGAUAUAGCCUCUAUUGAAUUAAGCUAAAAAUCUAGAUUAUUUACCUGCUUUUUAUGAUUUAGGUUUAUUACUUUAUUAGGGAUUACAAGAUGAAUUAGAAUAGAAUUAAGUUAUGGCUGAUUUAAUAUUUGAGUAGGGAUGUAUGAAGGGUGAUCUUAAAUGUGCUUAGAAAUUACUUAGUAUUAGAUUUUAAGCAUUAAGAAAGAAUGAAGCUGUUGUAGAAGAUUUCUUUUCUUUGCUUGAUUAAAUAGAGGAAAAUAAUAAGGAUUGGACAAUUACAUAUUAUAUGAGAGGGAAAGUUUAUGAAAAAGGUGUUUAAGUAGAGAAAAAUUAAAAGAAAGCCUAAGAAUAAUAUAGAUUAGGUUAUUUGAAAGGAUGUUAAAAAUGUAGAGUUUAAUUAGAUAAAUAUUAAAGAGAGACUGUUCCAACAGAUAAUAAUCCAACAAAUUCAUAAUAAUCUUCAUUAAAUUAAAAAUAAACUAUAAAUGGAUUCAUAGAAUAAGUUAGAUAAUCUGAAUGGAGAAGACCAUUUUAAAAAUAAAGAUAAGUUUCUAUUGGAAAUGUAUAAUAAAUAUAUAAUAAUGUUGAUAAUGAUAUUUAAUCUCCUAUGUAUAAUAUUAUUUUGAUAUAUGAUUUUAGUCAAGAUAGAUAGACAAGAAUGACUAUAAGUAUUACAAGACCUAAGAAUUAAACUGAUGAUAGAAAGAGAGGAGUAUCUGCUAUUCAAUUACCACAUUAAGAAAUUGGUAGAAGUAUUUUACUUUCAUAGAUGAAAUCUCCUGAGAAAGUUAAUUAACAUUCAUAAUUUUGGUCACCAAGAUUACCAUCUUAAUAAUCUUAGGCUGGAUCACAAAUUACUAAUUCUACUACAAAAAAACGAUUUAAUCUUAAUAAAAUUCGACUUUAAAUUAAUGUACCUGAAAAUUUAGUUAAAUGA